AUGAGUGUGUUCCAGCUUCCUAGGAAGCUCUGUGAUGAAUUGAAUAGCAUGUGUGCCAGAUUCUGGUGGGGUCAAGUGGGUGAUGAAAGAAAAAUCCAUUGGAAGAGGUGGGAUAAGCUGUCAAUUCCAAAGAAGGAGGGUGGUAUGGGUUUUUGGGACUUGAGAGAUUUUAAUUUAGCCAUGUUGGCUAAACAGGGUUGGCGUUUGAUCCAAGGGAAUGACUCUUUGCUAUACAGGUGUUUCAAAGCAAGAUAUUUCCCUCGGACUUCGUUUCUAGAGGCCAAAGAAUCGCCUGGGUGUUCCUAUGUGUGGAGAAGUAUAUUGGCUGCCUUGCCUAUUCUUAGAUCGGGUUCUUGUUGGAGAGUUGGUAAUGGGUCUUCUAUAAGUGUUGUAGGGGAUAGGUGGCUUCCUAACCAUCCCACUAAUAAAAUUCUGUACCCAAGACAUGAGCUGAUUGGAGAUUUAGCAGUAUCUGAUUUGAUUGAUCCAGAAUUAUAG